UGCAGCCAGAGCCGCCGCUCGCGGCCUAGUAAAGCCGGCCUCUGACGGCACGCGUGGGAAGGGCCUCCGAGGCCUCGGCCUGCUGCCAUGGGAGAGUGAAGGGCCGGGCCCGGCGGCGGGAGAUGAGGAGAGGCCGCGGUGGGGCCGGCGACGGCGGGGGCGGCUCCUCCUGAGACACGCGCGGGAUGGAGGAGAAAUACAGCAGCCACGCGCUCGCCGGCGGCGGGAGCCUGGGCCCAGUGGACGUGCCUAGUGCUCGAUUCACUAAAUAUAUUAUAUUGCUAUGUUUCACUAAGUUUCUGAAGGCUUUGGGACUUUUUGAAUCAUAUGAUCUCUUGAAAGCAGUUCACAUUGUACAGUUCAUCUUUAUAUUAAAACUUGGGUCUGCAUUUUUCAUGGUUUUGUUUCAAAAGCCAUUUUCCUCUGGAAAAACUAUAACAAAACAUCAGUGGAUCAAAAUAUUUAAACAUGCUGUUGCUGGAUGCAUUAUUUCACUUUUAUGGUUUUUUGGUCUCACUCUUUGUGGACCAUUAAGGACUUUGCUGCUCUUUGAACACAGUGAUAUUGUUGUCAUCUCGCUACUAAAUGUUUUGUUCACUAGUUCUGGAGGAGGACCAGCAAAGACAAGAGGAGCUGCUUUUUUCAUCGUUGCUGUGAUCUGUUUGUUGUUUUUUGAUAAUGAUGAUCUUAUGGCUAAAAUUGCUGAGCACCCUGAAGGACAUCAUGAUAGUGCUCUCACACAUAUGCUUUACACAGUCAUUGCUUUCUUAGGUGUUGCAGAUCAUAAGGGUGGAGUAUUGUUGCUCGUAUUGGCUUUGUGUUGUAAAGUUGGUUUUCAUACAGCUUCCAGAAAGCUCUCUCUAGAUGUGGGUGGAGGCAAACGUCUUCAAGCCUUAUCCCAUCUCGUUUCUGUGCUGCUUUUAUGUCCAUGGGUCAUCAUCCUUUCUGUGACAACUGAGAGUAAAGUAGAAUCUUGGUCUUCUCUCAUCAUGCCUUUCACAACAGUUAUCUUUUUUGUUGUGGUCCUGGAUUUCUAUGUGGAUUCCAUCUGUUCAGUCAAAAUGGAAGUUUCCAAGAGUGCUCGCUUUGGAUCUUUUCUUAUCUGUAUGAGUGCUCUGCUUUUUGGAAAUUUUUGGACACAUCCAAUUACAGACCAACUUCGAGCUAUGAAUAAACCAGCAUAUCAAGAAAGCACUGAACAUGUUCUUUCUGGAGGAGUAGUAGUGAGUGCUAUAUUCUUCAUUUUGUCUGCUAACAUACUAGCUUCUCCCUCUAAAAGAGGACAGAAAGGUACUCUUGUUGGCUAUUCUCCUGAAGGAACGCCUCUAUAUAACUUCAUGGGUGAUGCUUUACAACACAGCUCUCAAUCAAUCCCUAGAUUUAUUAAGGAAUCACUGAAACAGAUACUUGAAGAGAGUGAUUCUAGACACAUCUUUUACUUCUUGUGCCUGAAUCUGGUUUUUACUUUUGUGGAAUUAUUCUAUGGAGUGCUGACCAACAGCCUAGGUCUAAUAUCAGAUGGAUUCCAUAUGCUCUUUGAUUGUUCUGCUUUAGUUAUGGGACUUUUUGCAGCUCUAGUGAGUAGAUGGAAAGCAACCCGUAUUUUUUCCUAUGGAUAUGGCAGAAUAGAAAUUCUCUCUGGUUUUAUUAAUGGACUUUUUUUGAUGGUAAUAGCUUUUUUUUUGUUUGUGGAGUCAGUGGCUAGAUUGAUAGAUCCUCCAGAAUUAGAUACGUACAUGUUAGCGCCUGUCUCAGUUGGAGGACUGAUAGUAAACCUUAUUGGUGUCUGUGCCUUUAGCCAUGCCCAUGGCCACGUCCAUGGAGGUUCUCAAGGAGGCUGUCACUCACAUGAUCACAGCCAUUCACACCAUGGCCACAGUCAUGGGCACAAUCAUUCUCACAGCGAUCAUGGACACAGUCAUAGCCAUGGACAUUCCCAUGGACCUUCAGGAGGAGGCAUGAAUGCUAACAUGAGAGGUGUGUUUUUACAUAUAUUGGCAGACACACUUGGCAGUAUUGGUGUGAUUGUAUCCACAAUUCUUAUAGAACAAUUUGGAUGGUUCUUUGCUGAUCCUCUCUGCUCUCUUUUUAUUGCUGUAUUAAUUUUUCUCAGUGUUAUUCCACUGAUUAAAGAUGCCUGUCAAGUGCUACUUCUGAGGUUGCCACCAGAAAAUGAAAAAGAGAUAAAUAUUGCACUAGAAAAGAUUCAAAAAAUUGAAGGUUUAAUAUCCUACAGAGAUCCCCAUUUUUGGCGUCAUUCUGCCAAUGUUGUUGCUGGUACAAUUCAUAUACAGGUGAUGUCAGAUGUUCUGGAACAACGGAUUGUACAACAGGUCACAGGAGUACUUAAAGAUGCUGGAGUGAACAACCUGACAGUCCAGGUGGAAAAAGAGGCUUAUUUUCAACACAUGUCUGGCCUCAGUACAGGAUUUCAUGAUGUCCUUGCUAUGACAAAACAGAUGGAAUCCAUGAAAUACUACAAAGAUGGCACCUACAUCAUGUGACAAGAUGAUUUACCUGUUGCUUAUGAAUAAUGAAGAUUAAAUGACUUACUAUUGGUAAUAUUGAGGGGAAAUGCACAUAAAUGUACAGAAAUAUAGUGUACUGUAUUUGAAUUUUUUAAAGCUCAGUCCUACUGGAUCAAGAUGUUUUUCUAAAGGAAUUUUUGAAGUGGACUGAUUGUAUAUGUGAAACAUUGAUUGUAUAUGUGAAUAAUGACAAUUUGAAUUACUAUACUUUGUGUUUAUUAAAAAGAAAUCUUACUGUGUGUGUUAGCACAAUGUAUCAUAUGUUCUUGGGGAUGUACAAACAAAUUUUUCAUGUUCAAUUAGAGAAAAAUAGAAAUGAUGUGUCAUAGUAAGUCUGAAAUUGCUUCUGUGUGCUUAUUUUUCUGUCAUAUUUGCCUUUGUAAAUAUGUGUUUACACAUUUAUUAUAAGGAUUCAAGUGAAAGUUUGAACUUUGACUCGUAAUUUUUUUUGCAAAGUCUAAGCAAAAUGAAAUAGGUAUUAAAGUUCUAUAUUUAUGAGUUUUCUGUACAUAAGACUUCCUUCUAAAUAUAUUUUUAAUACAUCCAGCAAAUUUUGUGUUGCCAUUUUACAUUUAUGUCCAAAUUGCUUGAUUUGAGAGAUACUUGAUAGCUUCCAAUUCAAAACAAGAAAUGAGAAUUAGGAAAUCAUACAGUUAGAGAAUUCUUUAAAAUUAGUUAGAUAAACUAGUUUAAUUUUUAGCAAUAAUUGCAAAUCAAUAGUUAUUUAGAUAUAAAACAGGCACUAAAUUUUUUUGUUACCCAUUGAUCCCUCUCUUUUACAGUAGAAUCUCCUUUUCUUGUUAGCUAAAAUGGCAGGUUUCUCCUCAGUAAGUAGUAUUUAUUGUAGUUAACACAUAUGCACAUUGGCUGUCAGUAUGUUUUGUUAUUCACUUGUUCCAAUUGUGUCCAUCUCUUUGUGACCCCAUUUGGCAUUUUCUUGGCAGAGAGACUGAAGCAGUUUACCAUUUCCCUCUGCAGCUCAUUUUACAGAUGAGGAAACUGAGACAAACAGGGUGACGUGACUUGCCCAGGAUCACACAGCUAGUAAGUGUCUGAGCCCGCAUUUGAACUCAUCUUCCUGAUGCCAGUCCAGUUACUCUAGCUAUCCAAUAUACCACCCACCUGUCCUUAAAAAAGAGAACAAGGAGAAGGGAGAGAAUGGAAAUUAGGAAGAUAGGAAAAAAAGGAAAGAUUGUUGUUCAGUAAUGUCUAACUUCCUGACCCCAUGAAACAUAGCAUGACAAUAUUGUACAUGGAAUUGUCUUGACAAGGAGCCUGGAGCAGUUUCUUCUUCAGUGGAUUAAGGCAAACAAGUUAAGUAACUUGCCCAAGUUCACACAGUUAAUAAGUAUAUGAGGUCCAAUUUGAAUUCAGCUCUAUCUACUGAACCAUGCCUAUAUAGAAAACCAAAAAAAAUUGUUUUGCCCUUUAUUAUUGUCAGUUCAUUUUGAUAAUUCAAUCAGAUAACUCAAUGUUCUUUCUGGAACAUUUAAACUAUUUCCUUUGAUUCGGUAUUGGAAAAAAAGCAACUUUAAAAAUCAUUCCAUUUCAAGUGCCUCUUUUUAGAGGAGGGAACCAAGGUUCUGAGACCCACAGCUGAGGCUUAGCCUCAGGUUCUGUGACUUCAAUUUCAGUUUUCUUUUCCACUACUUGGAAGUUUAAAGUAGUCAAUUUUGUACUAAAAACAGGCAAAAAAAAUUUUAUAAAACAUACCCGUAGAGUUAAGUCAUUUUAACUUUAGCUAUAUUAUCACCUACAUGAUUCUGUUUAAUUUUGUUUUUCAUAUUUCUCUUAAAUUGCUUGUCUGAGAAGGCUCAGCAAAAGUUAUUCUUGGAUAUUGUUAAAAGAUAAAAUUAUAUGAAAACCAAAAAAAUUCAAUAUUUGCAAAAAAGAUUUUUACUAGCUAUCAUUCCACUCCUAUGAGGUUUUUUCCUUACCAAGGAAUUUUCAUUAUUAGAUAUUUUCAUUCUGAGACCAUUCUCUCUUACUUAUCUUAUAUAUUGUUUUAUAUUAUGUUUUUAAUAAUGUUCAGGUUAGUUUGAGUCAUUUAAUAUUUGUUUCCUCUUUUUUGCAUGUACCUUGAGAUGGUAUUUUCACCUUAAUCUUUGGAUAGUAAGAAAAAUGGGAUUUUCUUUUGAAUUUAAAUUUAAUUUAUAUUAAUUAUAUAUAUCAUAUAUAUAAUUUAUACAAUUAUGGAAAUUUAAAUUCGUAUUUUAAGCUUUUAAAAGUAUUAAUGGAUGGAGUUCAAUAAAUACUACAGCAUCUUAAAUAUUGAAGUUUAUAAAAAAUUUUAAGCACCUAUUCUUACUCCCUGUGAUCUCAAAUAAAAUCAAUGCAUAUGGUACAUUUGGCUUACAUCAUUAGUUAUUUUCAUAUUUUAUUAUCUGUUGAACCCUAAGUAUCCAUUUCAAAUUUUUAAAUAUAUGUUCAAGAAAACUUUUAAAACCCUAUUUCAAAAUAAAUUUGAAAUAUAUUUUCAAAUAUUUGAAAUAAAUCAUAUUUUGAAAUGUUAUCACAAAUAAUCAAUUUUUCAAUUUUAAUUGGAUCAAAAUUUUAAAGCUAGAGACAAUGGUGCAUUGUGAUUAAAGAGUUAGCCUUCCAGUAAGGAGGUCCACUGUUAACCUAUCACUGCCACAUACUAGCCAUGUGACCCUGAGCAAAUAGCUCUUAAAGCUUUUUUCAGAGAAGGUGCUAAGCAGCAUGGGUAAAAAGCAGUUUCCUCAUGUGGAAGUUCCUUCUCAGUGAAAUCAGUCUAGUCUCUAACCCAAUUGUAAAAAGAAUCUACCCUCCUUCUUACCUGCUUUGUGUUAAAUUAAUGUUUUCUGCAGAUCUGGACAGUGAUCAAUGUCACUAAUCAAUAGCAAUAUGUUAUUAAAGAGCUGUUUUUUUAAACUGUGAUAGUAUAAAGGUUUUUUAGUGCAAUAAUUUGCAAAUAAAGAUUAUGAAUUAUU